AUGAAUCUCAGUCAACAAGUGGCUGAUGUGCCCUCAGGGUCAGUGAGAGACUGGAGUGAUCCAUCAUUUUCUUCUUCCCACGGUGUGCUGUUUUCUGGGUCCUCUAAGAAGAUAAUUUCUAAAUUUUACAGUUUUGAGCUACUUGAGGUUUGCAUUCACCGUGUUAGAUCGUGCAGCAGCAUUCGCUUUAUAAAAUCAAAAUAUGUGUGCGUGUUUGACAAAUCUGCCCUCAAGUUUAGUCAUCAGCAACGAUUAUUCAGAACAUCUGCUGUUUCAUGUGGCCAAAUUGUCCAGUUUAAACUUUCUGACAUUGGAGAAGGGAUUACGGAGGUGACUGUAAAAGAAUGGUACAUAAAAGAAGGUGACAGCGUGUCCCAGUUUGAUAGCAUCUGUGAAGUACAAAGCGAUAAAGCUUCUGUUACUAUUACUAGUCGGUAUGACGGCAUCAUUAGAAAACUCCAUUACAAUUUAGAUGAAAUUGCUUUUGUUGGAAAACCAUUAGUGGACAUUGAAAUUGAUGCUUCAAAAGGUGUUGCCCCAGAAGAAGAUGUUGUUGAAACACCUCCUAUGUCUCAUGAAGAGCACACUCACCAAGAGAUAAAAGGUCAUAAAACAUUAGCAACCCCUGCAGUUCGUCGUCUGGCCAUGGAGAAUAACAUUAAAUUGAGUGAAGUUGUUGGAACAGGGAAAGAUAACAGAAUCCUUAAAGAAGACAUACUCAAUUACUUAGCCAAACAAACGGGAGCUAUUCUACCACCCUCACCGAAGGCUGAAAUUGUGCCACCUCUGCCAAAAUCAGAGACUGUGCCUGCUGCUCUGAAGGAGAAAGCACGCAAAAUUCCUGUACCUGUUUCCAGACCCAUUGUGUUUUCAGGAAAAGAUAAAACUGAACCUGUAACAGGUUUUCAGAAGGCAAUGGUAAAGACUAUGAGUGCUGCCCUGAAGAUACCUCACUUUGGUUAUUGUGAUGAGAUUGAUUUGACUCAGCUUGUUCAGCUGCGAGAAGAGCUGAAGCCUCUAGCACAAAUCCGUGGGGUUAAACUUUCCUUUAUGCCUUUCUUCAUAAAGGCAGCCUCUCUGGGACUACUGCAGUAUCCUAUUCUUAAUGCUUCUUUGGAUGAAAGCUGUCAAAAUGUCACAUAUAAGGCUUCGCACAAUAUUGGAGUUGCAAUGGACACAGAGCAAGGUUUAAUUGUCCCCAAUGUGAAAAAUGUUCAAGUCUGUAGUGUGUUUGAAAUUGCCUCUGAAUUAAAUCGCCUACAGACCUUGGGCUCUGCAGGCCAACUGGGAACAAAUGACCUCACGGGGGGAACAUUCACCCUUUCGAAUAUUGGCACAAUUGGUGGCACUUACGCCAAACCAGUGAUACUACCUCCUGAAGUAGCUAUUGGAGCACUUGGAAAGAUACAGGUUCUUCCUCGAUUUAAUGGAAAAGGUGAAGUAUAUAAAGCACAGGUAAUGAAUGUGAGUUGGUCAGCUGAUCACCGCAUCAUUGACGGAGCUACAAUGGCCCGGUUUUCUAACUUGUGGAAAUCUUACUUGGAGAACCCUGCUUCGAUGCUGCUAGACCUUAAAUAAAGGAAACCAUGGCUAGAAUAUGCCUUUAAACUUUGUGGUUUAGACUGAAUGACUAUAAAAGCUGGCUCUGCUAGCACGUGCUCUUUGCUACUCACAUCAUAUAAUAGUUUUAUGUGGUUAAAAGUUCUCAGCAGCUGGUAUCAAUUAAUUGUUACUUCUUCUAAUUAGUAAUGCUGUAAUUUCUUCUACAGCAGACUGUCAUACUUAAUAGGUCAUGGUGUGACUUCUGAACAUGCCGAUGGAAUGUCUUCAUUUUGCCUUUUAUAAUAUGUGUGGUUGUGAGUCUGGUGUGACUGAAUGACACUGAUCUGCAUCUGCAGUAUUUAUAAUCAAAUUAAUCAGUUUUGAAGGUUUUGAAAUACUCAUAGUUCUUCCUUGUUGGACACACACAUUUAUUCUAAAAAAUAAUAUCCAAAAUUCCCAAAAGAAGUUAUGCAAAAAUCAUAUACAAAUAAAAUGCCUUUUAAGCUUCUGC